AUGACUACAGAAACACAAAAUAUGAGUGUUGUAUAUGAAGAAGUAGUAGAAAACAGAAUAAUCUCCCAACAGAAUGAAUGGAAAUUGGAUAAAUACCAAGACUGCAAAUCUGAUAAUGAUAAAGAGGGUGCUGCUGGAACAUCUCAAAAUAUAAACCCCUCAGAACAGAACAGGUUUCCAUCUAAUACUCUAUGCUCAAUUCCCAAAGCUGUAGCAGUUUCAGCAGACCUAGGAGGGCAUCCCAUCUCACUGGAAAUGGCUAUGGACCUGCGAAGGAUGUUAUUUGGAAACACGUUUCAAGUCUUCAGCUAUGAAUGGAAAAGAGCAUAUUUCAGAUUUCACAACCCUUAUACUGACUUGGCCUAUGCCUUAAAGAUAGAUAAGGGUGGAGCCACAGCAAUGCAGAUGGCAGUUCAGGUUAACAUCAUGAAACACUUUUUGUUUGUACAAAACAAGGAGGAAAAUAUGUCCCUUCAAAGUAUAUCUAAAAUAAGCCUCAAAGAGCAAGAAAAAACUCUUACAACAGCACUAGCUGAUAUUCUGUGGACAGCAGGAGAAGGUCAGAGAGCGACUAUCUGCCUUAUCACUGGUGAUACUUACUUUACUCCAAAUAUAGACUACGAAGUGGAUCACUUUACUGAACAAGUUCAACUGUUUGACUUUUUUGAGCAAGAAACAGUUCAGCGGUUUAUCUGGGAUCACAUACACUGCGCAAUUCUGAAUCUCAUUUUAACUGGCAGAGCAAGUCCACAUGUGUUCAAUGGAUGCCAAAAGAUUGACACUGAAGGCAGUGUGCAAAAAGAACUGCAUGGAGUCCACUCCCGCAGCAAUGUUGGCUACUUACAGUGGAGCAAGGAAGAAGCAGAACAGCACAGACCCCUACAGGUUGGAAGCAUGUUGAAGACUCCAAAAUUGCCUAUAUGGCUGUGUAACAUAAAUGAAACAUACAGCAUUCUCUUCAGUUUAAACAGGUUAUUAAUGUCCGAUUGGAAAACGGAACAUCUCUUUGACUUGUAUUUUUAUAAGGGGCAACCCUCCCCAAAAACAACUGUCCAUCUAACAAUAGAUACACAUUCUCAUCAUUGGGAUGAAAAACACGGCAAGGAGGGCAGUGAUCCGGAGAAAAGAGUCUCUUCUCUGGAAAUGGCCAUCCGAACUAAAUGGGAAGGAGCUACCAUCAGUUGGAAUGGGACAGCUCCAUUUUUCUGA